AUGGCGGUGGUUCCAUUGCCUGCAAACCAGCCCUAUGUCACGUUGAGUUACGUAUGGGGCUCGCCUGCCAACGAAACUCUGGGAAGGUCAGGAUUGCCGGAGAGCUUGCCUCGGACCAUUGGCGAUUCUGUGAUUGUGGCUAAACAGCUGGGUAUAAGAUACUUGUGGGUCGACCGGUAUUGCAUACCUCAAAACGACGAGGAAGUGAAGCACAGCCAGAUCCAAAGGAUGGCCGACCUUUACUCUGGAUCCACAGUGACCAUCAUCGCGGCGGCCGGCGAGGAUGCAGAGUACAGCCUUCCUGGAGCAACACGGGAAAGAACACCACAAACAUCGAUUAGUGUGAGAAGGUCGCGUUUGGUGGUCCCGAAACAAACAUGCAAAGAAAUCUCCAAAUCGAAAUGGAAUAGUAGAGGGUGGACUCUUCAGGAGGAACUUCUCGCUACAAGACGUCUUGUUUUCACGGACAGUCAUGUCUAUUUCCAGUGUCGAAAAGGGCACGUCUACGAAGAUACCUUAAGCCCAGCGACCGUCGACGACCAAUUGUUGUCUCUUGGUGAACCAGUUUUUCUUCACCAAGAGCGGAACACCAGCCACUCUGACAUGUGGCAAAUCUUGGCUGAGUACAUGAUGCGGGAUUUGACAUACGACACUGAUACGAUUAAUGCUGUUACCGGUGUUCUGAAUGCACACGAUAGCGAAACUAUUGCCGGACUCCCCAUGGUGAAGUCUUGUCAUUGGGGGGACGGCACUCGUCUUACAAACACUGAAGUGUUGGCCGUGUCGCUAGUUUGGUCGGUCGACUCGCCAUAUAUGAGCACGGAAUCCAAUCCGGCAACCGUUCGUCGAAAGAUCUUUCCGAGUUGGACAUGGGUGGGAUGGAAGAUAGUAAGAAAAGAGAUCGACCCCUUUUUGUUGUCCGAACAGGGCAUAGUUGUACUUCAUAUUGGCGAAGCUCGCUAUGCUCUAAAAGAUAUGCUGUCGUUCGAAUCAGAUUGGCAACAAAUUAUUUCACUCUCGAGUUUCGGAAAAUACCCAGAGUGUCUCAUCCUAUCAGGGUGGACAUUUUCGCUGAACUCUUUCGAUAUGGCAACGAUUGAUGACAGUAGGAGGAUAGAGCAUAUUAAAAAGCUCCGUUCCGGCCAAGAAAUAAGGCCUGGGUUGCUAGGUUUGGUUCUCUUACAAAGGUUCUUACCGCUCGCACAUGGUUUGCAUUCCUUUUUCCAUGUUCUCAUGCUGAAAAACCAGGGGGACAUGUUCGAGCGUUCAGAUACUGAACCGUGGUCGCUCGAAGUGCAAGCAGAACGUUCAGGUCGCAAGUUUACCGCAUUUCAAAGCGAGAUAAGUUUGGAAUUUGUUGGAGCGAAUGACAUGAUCGUCAGCGGAAGUAUUCAAACACGCGGCCAUGAAAUCUGGUUGUCUUAUGGUCAAAUUGCGGAUAACGAGUUCGAGAAAUAUUGUCUUUGA